AUGCAAUCAUAUGUGCAACAUGUUAGCUCGGUAUACAAAGAAAGGUCUACUUCACAACAGGGGAGUGCUUGCAAUUAUAAUAGUUUCUUUGCCUGUAGUGUUUCUCAUACUAAUGGCCCUUUCCGUUGCUUUCUAAGAAGGCAAAGAAGAGCAAGAAGAGCAAGAAAAAGCAAAAAUAUCUUUAACUUUACGUCAUUCAAAGACUCUUUAGGUGAAAAAGAGAUUGAUGAGACCAAAAGAAAUGGAGAUUUACCCUACUUUGAUUUGGGCACCAUAGCCGCUGCCACUAAUAAUUUCUCUUCUAAUAAUAAACUUGGGCAAGGUGGCUUUGGCCCUGUCUACAAGGGUGUGCUCUUAAAUGGAAAAGAAAUAGCAGUGAAAAGACUAUCAAAUUCCUCAAGUCAGGGACUACAAGAGUUUAAGAAUGAAAUUGUGCUAAUUGCAAAACUUCAGCAUAGGAAUCUCAUAAGGAUACUAGGAUGUUGCAUGACUCAAAAAGAUCACUAUUGGAUUGGAAAAAGCGUUUGGAAAUUAUCUGUGGGAUUUGCCCGAGGAAUGUUGUAUCUCCACCAUGAUUCCAGGUUAAGAGUCAUUCAUAGGGAUUUGAAAGCGAGCAAUGUAUUACUAGAUGAUGUAAUGAAUCUGAAAAUUUCUGAUUUCGACAUGGCUAGAAUAUUUGGAGGAGACCAAAUAGAAGGGGAUACCAGACGUGUAGUUGGAACAUAUGGUUACAUGUCGCCUGAAUAUGCAAUGCAUGGACACUUUUCAAUGAAAUUCGAUGGUCAGGGGUUUCAGGGAAUCAGUGAGGAAGGCUUUCAAAGAAGGUAUCGUGAAAUGCCAAUAGCUGGAGUAGGUGGUGGACAGCAGAUGCACCAGUGGGUGGAUCAGGUGGUGAACGACAGAUGCGCCAGUGCUUGGAGCAGGUUGUGGAUGGCAGAUGCAAUUGGUUUUCUUUGCCCAACAAAGUUUGGAGUAAAUGCUUUUUUGUGGGUAAGAAUGAAAAUAAGGUUACCAAUUGACCACUAA